AGAAGCUUUGUGGGUCGUGACCGGCCUUUUGACCUCAAUUGUCUGCAUCGUCCAAACGCGCAGUUUACCAUUUUGCAGGCCUCCAAUACAAUUUCUCCAACCUAGUCCAAUGGCUGACAAGCUUUCUAGUUUCUAACCUGCUAAGAGAAUAAUAUGACUGGUCUCAUCGAUUGAAUUGUCCCUGAAGCUUUCUUCUCAACCUCAAUUUCUGUCUGCAGUGGAUUUUCACCAUGUAUCAUGCCAAGAAGUUUUCAACAGCGAGCUUAGUUCCUCACAAACCCCAGAGCUCUGAGGAGCUUGCAAACGUUGGGGUUGUCAGUGGUGGCUCUUCAGUGAAAAGCCCAACGCCUUCUGGGGGAAGUGGCAAGCAACGCCUGCGGUGGACUUCGGAUCUCCAUGACCGCUUCGUCGACGCCAUUACGCAACUCGGUGGACCAGAUAGGGCAACACCUAAAGGUGUUCUGAGAGUGAUGGGUGUUCCGGGACUAACUAUUUAUCAUGUGAAAAGCCAUUUACAGAAGUAUCGCCUUGCGAAGUACCUGCCAGAGUCUCCGGCUGAUGGUUCUAAAGACGAGAAGAAGGGUUCUGGAGACAGCCUUUCUUGCUCAGAUUCUUCUCCUGGAGUCCAAAUUAAUGAGGCAUUGAGGAUGCAGAUGGAAGUUCAGAAGCGUCUUCAUGAACAGCUUGAGGUUCAAAGGCAGUUGCAGAUGAGAAUAGAAGCUCAGGGUAAAUACUUGCAGAAGAUCAUUGAGGAGCAGGAGAAACUUGGUGGGGUUCUCAAAGGAUCUGAUGUAUUGCCAUCAGCGGAGGAUAAGCAGAAGUCAUCUCAGUUGGAGACAGCGGGUGAUGCAACCGCCACGCCCUCAUCUCCGCGAAAGAAACAAAAGGUAGAUGAUGGGUUGCCAGAUGGUUGCACCACAUCUAACGUGCCUCCAAAAGCUGACCAAAAGAAUGAAUUUGUCGGUCAGUGGGAUCGAGACUUGUAUGGAAGUGAUGGUGGAUUUGGAUUCAACUUGCAAACAGAGUUUAAAGAGAGAGAUGGCGAUGCUGCACAGAAAGCGCCAAUGGAGUUAGAUCCCUUGUGUGGUUCAAAACAAUAGGAGUCCGAAUUGUCGGUAGUAUUUCAAGAAGCUUGUGCGAGUAAUUAGAAACCAUGUUAUGCAUACCACGUAAAUAGACAUGCAAUCCAUUUGUAAUUAUACAAUGUAUGAUUUUCCCCCUUUUUAGUGUAUAAGUAGAGCAUGUAAUUUCCAA